AUGGCGGAUGCGUCGGGUAAUGCGCUGAAGCGCCCUCAUCCUCAGGAUGAAGACAACAACGCCAAAAGAACCCGCUCCAAUAAUGGGUCCCCGGUACCCGGACAAGCAGCGCCUGUGAAGGGAAAGGCUGAUAUUGAAAAGAUGGUGGCGGAGGCCAGGGCAAAGGCAGAAGCUGUGCGCGCUCGUCUACAAGCUGCGCGCGGUGGCGCGACACCAACAGCACCUACACCCGAUUCCUCAAGUCCUACACCGCCGCCGCCAGCGCCCAGUGCUGCGAUGUCGAGAUUGGAACAAAUGAAAGCUCGAGUUGCGGCAGCUACAUCAAGAGCCAGCGCGACCCCUCCACAACGACCCAGUGCGCCCACUCCAUCUUACCAACCUCCAGUCCGCGAUGAUGAUGGCUUUUCCAAGGCUCGAGGUGGUCUAGACGUUGGACUUCACCCGGCACUACUCUCUGACGCUAAACCAGAAUUUCGAAGUGGAAAGGGACGACAAGCCAAGACAACAAAUCAACGCAAUGACAAGGCCCAGCUUGACCUAUCUGGUCCCUCUGUGGAGGAAAUCAAGAACAACCCUUAUUUCGACCCUACUCUUGCUCCUAAGGCAACAGUGGCCAAGCCACGCCAAACCCGCCAACUUAUUUUCAACCAGAAGGGCAAAUAUAUUCAGCAGGCGGCGGCCCUGCGCAGGCAAGCCCAGUUAGAGGCAAUGAAGAAAAGCAUUGCAGCACGAGCGCGACAGGCUGGCCUUGAUGAGGAAAUGGACGUGGAGAAGUCAUACCUUGUUCCUGCUCCACCAGAUCUGGAAUGGUGGGAUGAAGGCUUGGUCAAGGGCAGCGACUACUCUGCAAUUGACGAUCAGCAGAAUAUCAAAGUCGAUACCCCCGACUCAAUCAUUACCCGCUAUGUUCAACAUCCUAUCCUUAUUGAACCCCCACAAGAAAAGCAUAUGCCCGCCCAAAAGCCCAUGUUCCUUACUCCGAAAGAACAAGCCAAAAUUCGUCGACAGCGGCGUAUGGCGGACCUGAAGGAGCAGCAGGCCAAGAUCAGAUUGGGUCUUGAGCCAGCUCCCGCUCCAAAGGUCAAAAAAUCAAACCUCAUGCGAGUUCUAGGCGAACAAGCCGUCAAGGAUCCCACGGCCGUUGAAGCCCGUGUGACCAGAGAGAUCGCAGACCGAAAAGAGCAUCAUGAAGCUGCAAACGAGGAGCGUAAGCUGACCAAAGAGCAACGGCGCGAGAAACUCGCGGCCAAGCAGGAGAAGGAUGUCUCCCUGGGCGUCUUUCAAACUGUCUAUCGAAUCGACAGUCUCGCAAGCGGCAGAAACCGCUUCAAGAUUGGCAAAAACGCAGAGCAAAAUAAUCUCACCGGCAUGUGUGUUAUGCACCCGAAAUUCAAUCUGGUGAUCGUCGAGGGCGGAAAGCACUCCAUCAACAAUUACCGAAAGCUGAUGAUGAACCGUAUCGACUGGACCGAAAACCCAGGCUCGGACCGUAUUGCCGCAGACAGCCCCGAAGCCCAAGUUUCAUGGCUAUCGACAGAGGAUGACAAAGGACAGCCAAGGGAUUUCAGUGAUAACACAUGCACUCUCCUUUGGGAAGGACAGGCUAAGACACGGUCAUUCAAGAGGUGGUUUGGUGCGCGAGUCUGCGAAACGGACUCGGCAGCCAAAGAUGCUCUAUCUCGGGCCAAGAUGGAAAACUUCUGGACAUUGGCAAAGAGUGCCAAGCCUGCCGAAUUCUAG